GCCACCGACUACAUUGACCAGGCUUGACUCAAUCCUCCGUAAGCAUCCACACCUUCCCAACACGCGUCAUUGGUCGCGUACUAAAUUCGGUUCCAGCUCCAGGCUACCAUCCUCCAACCAACCCUCAUAGAGUUCUUAUCCAAGUCGCGUCCCUGCGCCCAUCACAACUCUACGAAUCAAACGCGACUCCCUUAUAGGCAACGCACAACACAAGCGCUCGCAAUUGAGGCUCAUUCCAUAUACGGCUGAGGCUUCCACGAGGAUCGAGGACCCAGUGUUUGUGUUAGCCAGUGGCGCAUCCGGGGUAAUAUUCACAGCAACGCCGCCUUCAACUCGCGCGCGUCGAGCCUCCCUUGUGCACCCACAACACAAACAUCACAUAUUCCUACCAUGACCGAUUACGCGCAGUACCAGCAGCCCCACCACGGGCAUGCGCCCGGGCACAUUCAGCCAUACGGUGGAGCGCAGAACGCGGCUCCCGGGAACCCAUCAAUAACCUCGCCCACCCAACAGCAGCAAAUGCAUUCAUAUCAACAGACAUCGCCUAUUCUCCCGUCGCAGGGGUACGGCCAAGCUGGCGCACAGCACCAGCAGCACCCCCAGCAGAUGGCUUAUGCACAGCAAGGCUACAUGUCUGGCAUGCCUCAGGCAUAUGGCAUGUCGCCGACACAAGCAGCAGCCAUGGCCACAGCCGCCGCGGCAGGUCCAGCAGGCGCAUACGGAUAUGAUCAGAAUGCUAUGCACGGACAACUUGCGCAAGACCCCAGAGCGUCUCCACGCAUGUCUGGGGGACAAUUGAAGCAAGAUGGGCGCCCUGCGCCACGAUCGCCCACUGCUGUGUCCGCGGGGAUGGCUGGGCCUCUUGCUUCCCAAGUCCAAAUGACGCCAGGUCAGAUGCAACAGCGCAGAAUGAGCACACAGAUCAGCAGUCCUGCGAUGCAGCAACCGCAGCCCGUGAUGAGUCACGUAGGACCUCGUUCGUCCAUCUCAGUCCCUCCCCAGAUGGCAGCGCCACCGCAGCAUCAACAGUCACCUGAGCUCGUGUCUGGAGCUCAGGCUGAGGAAGCCCCACUUUACGUCAACGCUAAGCAAUUCCACCGUAUUCUCAAACGCCGACUUGCAAGACAGAAGCUGGAAGAUGCACUCCGCCUCACCUCAAAGGGUCGCAAGCCGUACCUGCACGAGUCGAGACACAACCACGCCAUGCGCCGCCCGCGUGGACCUGGUGGUCGAUUCUUGACCGCUGAGGAGGUCGCUGCUAUGGACGCGCAAGGUAAAGAUGGCGAGACCGACAACAAAGAAAACAAUGUUGCCGCACCUGCCCCCAAAGCCAAGAGUGCAGGACCCAAGCGCAAGGCUUCGCAGACUCAGCUGAAGAGCGGCCCACCCAAGAAGACCAAAGCGCAGCAGAGCAUCAGCGAGGAAGAUGAGGAUGAUGACGAAGAUGAUCCUGAGGAUGACAGUUAAGUGCCUGAUUCGGCUCCCAAGAACUGCCUGAAGAAGACCUAUAUCAAUCGACAUGCUCGUGGUGUACGGUUGACAAACCCACUCGCAUCUAGGAGGCCUCCGGAUGCACGCUGCGACCUCUACAUCUUUUAAUCUCGACUUCACUCUUCACAACAACCCCACCUUAUUGACGAAUUACGACAGCGA